UCAGUGACGGGCGGGUUGCGGAUGCUCGCACGUGUCUGGGCCAGCGCCACGUGACGUCGCCAUACCAGCAAGCCAAGCCGCGUGUCUGCCCGCAGCUAACAGGUCUCUGACUGGGAUGCGGCAGGCUGGAGGCGCCGAGUAGACCGGGCAGGGCAGAGCGGGCGCGUCGCGUGGGACCCGGCAGCUGCCAUGGCUGUGCACCGCGCGCUGGCUGCUAUUGGCCUGUGUGCCCUCCUGCUGCUCGCCGCCACCAGCGCCGUCGCAAACGCCAGGAAAGCGGAGGCGCGGCGCGACCACUGCAACAAGACGGUGGACAUCUACGAAGACGUGGCGAGUCCCGAGGUGACGGCGGAGAACGUCGGCCGGCCGAUGACGUGCUGGUACCGUUUCCGGUCAUUCCGCGGCACCCCGCGCGACUGGGUGCUGCGAAUCCGCUUCAAGAAGUUCAAGGUGGGCGUGCUCCUCAACAGCACUCACUGCCUCGGUGGAUACAUGCAGAUUGUGGAUGGCAACGCCAAAACGGACGUAAGCAACCGGAAGGAUCCAGGAGUAUUUUGCGGUGAGACGGAACAACCGCAGACGUUCAUUUCUGAGACCAGCUUCGUCAAGGUGGUUUUCCACGCGGACAACUUCACGGACCAGACAUACUUCAGCUUUGACUCACGUGCCGAGCAGCAGCUGGAAGUUUACCUGCGCUAUGGGCAGCAUCCGGAACUCUACCCAAACAGGAGAGGGGAGGUUAUACCCGGAUCCUACUGCGAGCGAGUGUUCCGCGACUGCCGCCUGCAGACGUGCUACGUGCAGUCUCCCGCCUACCCAGGCGUCUACCCCAGGGGGCUGCACUGCCGCUACCACCUCAACACCAGGCUGCCCUUCAUCAAGCUCUACAUCGAGAACGAGGAGUUCAAUAUAGACGGCCAGCGCUGCGAGAAUAUCAUGACCUGUCCCAUGAGGCCGAUCUCGUCGGGCGAGCGCAACUGCCCAUACGAUUACAUCAAAAUCUACGACGGCAAAGAUGAAUCAGCUCCUGUCAUAGGCGUGUUUUGCGGCAUGGGCAAGUUCCCGUACUCCAUCAUCGGCACGUCGGAGGACCUGCUGGUGGAGUUCUCGAGCUCGGCGGCGGGGCCGCUGCUCAACACGGGCUUCCACUUCAACGUGGGCAGCUGGCCGGGCCACGUGGAGACGGCGGGCGUGCGCAACGGCACGUGCGACUGGCUGCUCAGCUCCGAGGCGCUCGCCUCCUCCGGGGACUCUGAGGGCAUCUUCCUGAGCGUGGCACACUGGUACCCGCCGCACACCUCCUGCACCUACCUCAUGCGCGGGCGACCCGGCGAGGUCGUCCGCCUCUACUUCCCCAGUUUCAGGAUAAACCGCAUCGAAGCGCCCAUCCAGCCUUAUGAGGGGGACUGCGGGGAGUCGCUGACUCUGUACGACGCUGCGUGGGCGGACGACGCCCGCAUCAUCAAGACCUUCUGCGACACCUUCUCCAGGGCCAUGGAGAAGCACGACUUCGUCUCCAGCGGGAACGCGCUCUUUGUGCGCUUCGAAAGCAAGACCGGCAGCUAUUCUGGGUCCUCGCUGUACUACUGGGCCCACUACGACUUCUUCAACGCGAGCCGCAGCGGCGACCCGGUGGCGGGCAGCGCCUGCGACGAGGUGUUCCCCGCGUGGCGCAGCGCCUCUGGCCGCCUGCGCUCGCCGCUCAACACGCUGGUCUACAAGCGCAGCCCCGACCACCACCACAGCGUGCGCUGCCAGUACCGCUUCAUCACAGACCGCAGGCUCUUCGCCAGGGUCAUCCUCACCAUAGAGUCCAUGGGCUUCAAGGAUCACCCGUACAGCGCGGUGUCGUGCACGGACUGCUGGAGCGACCGCGUGGACAAGUUGCUGGUGUGGGAGCCGGCCGGGGACGCGGCGGGCGGCAACGCGUCCGCGGUCUCCGCCGCCUACUCGGCGGCCGCGUGGACCGAGCCGCAGCCGGAGGGCGCCACGAGCCGCUGCCUGUGCCACGGGGGCGCGCAGCAGCCGCCGGUGUCGGUGGUGUCGCGUUCCGAGCGGCUGGCGCUGGAGCUGCGCGUCGACGCGGCGCACGCCGCCGUCAGCUACUUCAAGCACCCGGCGCCGCUGUUCGAGGCGCGUUACCAGUUCGUGCACGGACCACUGUGCGGGCCGCCGCUGCUCGCGCCCGCCACCGAGGGCGAGCUGCUCUUCCCGCACUACGAGGCUCUCGGACACGCGGAGCCGCCGCGGCAGAUCCGCUGUAUAUGGGAGCUCCAGGUGCACCGGGACCGCGACAUCUGGCUGCACUUCGACAAGGUGAAGUUCGCGUCGCGCUCGUGCGAAGACGGCCACCUGCAGCUUUUCCUGCCUGGCAAGACUGAGCCCUUCCUGUCGGUGUGCGGCAGCAACGUCAGCGUGCUCAAAGAGGUGCCCAUAAUCCCGGAGGCGGACAUAAUGGCGGCGGCGACGGAGGCGGCGGAGGCGGCCGGAGCGCCGGCGUCGGGGGCGGGUGCGGGGGCGGACGGCCACCUGCCCGCGGUGCGCAUCGAGUUCGCGGGCAGCGUGUGGCCGGCGCGCACCGCCUUCAAGAUCGCGUGGACCGAGCUGUUCCACCUGCCGCGCAACCCGGACGGCUCGGUGGCGCAGGCGGGUCUGGCACCCGGCGACUGCGCCUACCUGUGCCCCGGCGAAGCCGGCUUCUGCGUGCCGUCCAGGCUCGUCUGCAACGGAGUCGUUAACUGCCCCAACGUGACCGGCGCGUUGGGGCCGCACGACGAGAACCCCGAGCUGUGCAAGCUGCGCGGCGCCGAGCAGGUGGGCUGGGCCGCCGUGGCCGUGGGCGCCGCCUGCGGGGCCGUGCUGGCCGUCUGCUGCGUCGCCGCCGUCUGCCACGUCUGCUGGUGGCGCAGCAGGCUCUCCGGCCACGUCGACCUGCCCUACCGACUCUCCUAACUGACACCGCCUGCCUCGCAGCCAGUGAAGUGCAGCCUCCAGAGAACCUCGCAAGAACACACACUAGUACACACAAACAAUAACCACAAUUACAAGUACUCAAAGAAAAACUUCACUAUCUCCAAUGCGCUCUUUGUUAAACACAAGUUUUCUACAGCACUACUGGGCAGUUUUGAGUUUCAGCUCAUUUCCAGACACACCGGUGGAUUACAUUCGCCCAAUUUAGGUCUUGAUAAAGUAGUGCCUCUUAAUUACUGGUGAGACGUUUAAUCUCGUUAUGAGAUUUACUGAUUGGGGACUCCAUGGAGUGUUCUGUGCACCACGACCAAAUAGUGGAUAGAAUUGGAAGGAGAAUCAGCAUUGGUCGUAUUUUUUUGUUUUAUUAUCCGCAAAAUCGAUUUUCGGUCACUUAGUGACCAUCCUCAGUGCUGUAAUAUACAAUUAAAGUUGGUAGGCACUGGUAUCAUACAUGUGAUCGCUCUAAGCUUGUUGAUGCCAGUGCCUACCAACUUUAAUUGUACAUUACAACACUGAGGAUCGUCACUAAGUGACCGAAAAUCGAUUUUGCGGAUAAUAAAACAAAAAAAUAAGACGAAUGCUGAUUCUCCUUCCUAUUCUAUGAGGUUUAUUGUAUUCACCCUAUGCUGGUGUCAAACAUAUACCGGGUGAUCAAAAAGUCAGUGUAAAUUUGAAAUCUAAAUAAAUCACGGAAUAAUGUAGAUAGAGAGGUACAAAUUGACACACAUGCUUGCUAUGACAUGGUGUUUUAUUAGAACCAAAAAAUACAAAACUUCCAAAUAUGUCCGACAGAUGGCGCUUCAACUAAUCACAAUAUCAAUAAUUGGCAUAGCAAAGUAAGACAAAGCAAAGAUGAUGUUCUUUAGAGGAAAUGCUCAAUAUGUCCACCAUCAUUCCUCAACAAUAGUUGUAGUCGAGGAAUAAUGUUGUGAACAGCGCUGUAAAGCAUGUCACCAGUUAUGGUGAGGCAUUGGCGUCGGAUGUCGCCUUUCAGCAUCCCUAGAGGUGUCGGUCGAUCACGAUACAAUUGCGACUUCAGGUAACCUCAAAGGCAAUAAUCGCACAGACUGGGGACCUGGGAGGCCAAGCAUGACGUAAGUGGUGGCUGAGCACACGAUCAUCACCAAACGGCAAGCGCAAGAGAUCUUUCACGCGUCUAGAAAUAUGGGGUAGAGCGCCAUCCUGCAUUUUGCUUCUAAUAAAACCCCAUGACAUUACAAGCACGUAUGUAAAUUUUAACCUCUCUAUCUACAUUAUUCCGCGGUUUAUUAAGUUUUCAAAUUUAUUCUGACUUUUUGAUCACCCGGUAUAUUUGAUAGGAAGAGAACCCCAUAACACCGAAAUGAUGUGUCUUGCUUGAAUUCAGCUACUACAGGGCCUCAUCAUGGGGCCUUAUAGGAUUGCCAACGACUACGGCAGAAUAAUGGAAACACAGGUUAACAAAAAGUAACAAUAAUUAAUUUAUAUUAACCUUUUUUAUUUGAUCAGGUUAACUUCCAUUCAGAAGGCAGUUGCAUUCAGCGACUGUCAUAUUGAAUUUUAAAUAAUUAAUUUCACCAAUCAGUACUCCUUUUACAGUUUUAUUGGCAGAUCUAGAUUUCAACUAGAAACUAGCCAUUCUCAAUGCACUAUCAUUUUUGAUCAAUGCAUGUAUUCAAUGAACUGUGGAUGAAUCCCGAUGAACAGGCAUUAUAUGCAUUAAUAAAAAAUGAUAGUGCACUGAGAAUGCAUAGUUUCUAGCUGAAAUCUAGAUUUGCCAAUAAAAUUUAAAAAGGAAGACUGAUAGCUGGAAUCUAUUGCUAACAAUUUCGUUUUUAUUUUUUCUUAUUGUGACUAGAUGAGACUACAAUAAUCUGGCCACAGCUUUGGGUUCUUUGAGUGCUCUGUGAAAAGGUUCGUUUUUAACCACAACAAAUGAAAUGUCAGUUCACUUUACAGCUUGAACGAAAGAUUUACUUAACUUCACCACGCUUCUUUGCUACAGGGGUACUGAACAAUUUAGAGCUGUUAUGCGCUAGCAAAUGUGACGUCCCCACACUCCAACCGAGUGCUGAUAUUGUCGACGCCGUAGAGCUGCUACUGCCACAUGCUCUCGCAGUGGAGUUAAGACAAGAUGCGCCAUGACGUAGGUGCCCGUUGGUGAACGGGAGACAAAAAUGCGAACUCGUACGAUGGAUGCUUCUUCUGAUUUAAAAUUAAAUGAUUCAUUGCCCGGAUAUGCAGUAGUUGUUAAAUCUUAUCGGCAUCGUACACACCACCAAUUGCGAGGAAACAUUGUAAUUAUCAGUCUUCUCGUACGUAGCUGGGUCGUUGCUAUGGAGUUUUUGACCUGUAUGAAGCGGGAUCCACAAAUACCCUUUGAUCACGUCUGAGUGAACCUACGCCGUAACGUUAAAAAAAAGUUCAGAAGUUCUCUUUUCAAUUAAUGAAGUAGGUAUUUUGAUAUUCAGGUUAAACUGUCCCUGCUGAACAGUCGUUGGUCAACUAUCAUUGAUCAAAUCACUUAAUAACUCAGUCCACGCUUGAUAUUUCACUUGGAACGAACAGUUUAUUGUUCCUUGGCCACUAAAUACUUUAUAACUACCGCACACCACGCACACGCAGUUGGUUUGUAAAGUCAGUUCUAUUAAAAUUAAGUUUCUUGACAAUUACGACAACUUGACUCUUCAGCGUAAUUGUAUUACCUUCGUGAAGUCGUGUAAUUGCGUCCUACCCGAGACUAACUGAGUGUAGUCCUUUGAUAUACUCUCCACUUCCAACUAUUUGAAAGACAAGUCCAAUACUCAGUAGUUUCGUCAAUAAAGUUCAAUUAACCCGUUAUGCACGGUUAAACGCGUCUAUCAGUUUCUGUCUCUCCUUACAAAAUCAGUUUCCGGUGUUCGUGAAUCACGUCACGCAAGAAAGACUUCUGAUCGCAAAACAAUCUCGUCGCGUUCCGUACUCUCAAUAACUUAGACAAGAAUAGUUCUCGCCCGUCUUUACAGGACGAGAGCCAGCAAGCUACUUCUGUGAAAGAGUGUUGUAGGCUCACUGAAUUUCUUCGUUGCGCUUUCAGCACUCUUCCACAUAAAAGUUAUCUCUGACUAACAUAACCUCGGACUUAGAUUUCAAGAUAUUAAUGGCAAUUAUCACUUGGAUAUUUGUCCAUUAAUUAAAUCUGAGGUCUAUUCUUCCUCUUUUCAUAACAAAAACUCUCAGUGAUGUACAAUGUUUUUGCUAUCGAAACUUCUCGGUGUUAGCUUAUCGGCAAAGAUUUCGUAUUUGCAAGUUAACUCUUCCCUACUUGAUAUUAUGAUAUUCUGUCUUAAUUGAUUUGAAGGGGGUCGUUGGGGUGUUGCACAAAGCAUCGGUUGAUUUACUAAUUAACAAACUGCCCUCUUGAUUUACAGUAACCAAUCUUGACAAAAGUAUAUGCUAAGCCUAUCUGAAACUUCACGAACACUGUCGUUAUCGAUGUUGUUGACUGUUGAAGCUCAGGUUUUGAAUUGGGCUCAGUUAUUGCUAGCUGAACACUAUAUUGACCUCAGCGUGGUGGUUCCGUUUUGCUCAGAGGGGAGGAAAGGUCUUCAAGAGCACGUCCCAAACGUCUUUGCUGACUGCAUCGAGGCCUCGCUGGCGUCUGUGGUAUCAAUUCGUGUUGUCAGCUUUGGUAUGGCAGCGCAGUCUCUAUACAGUAUUGUAAUUCUCGUAUGAGGAGCGUUCAUAUUACACACAGUAAUGACUAUAUUAAUUUUUCCAAAAACUUGGUCACUUCCAUGGCAUUACUGUUCUUUGAUCAAGUUUAUUGUCUGUGCAGGAGGCUGGAGAUAGUCGGCAUUAAGGAUGUGGAAUACAGUUUAGUCUUCUCCACAGUUACACUAAGUAUCAUCAUGGUCGGUGUAGUCCCAUCUUGCCAAAUUCUCCUUUGAUCCACCAACUCCAGGUAUCAGUCUAUUCAGGGACUUCCAAAUCGUCCAUUUUUCAUCAUAGCCAUGAGGCAGGGUUUCCAGCUAGGGGGAAAGCAGGUCGUAGCUCUCGAUAGUUGCACCCUAGUUUUGCAGCAGUGAUCACAAGUGACGUCGAUAGUCUAAGGAAACUCCUCCCUGACAUUAGUCGUUAAGGGUGCAGUUCGUCCCCAUAGAGAGGAUGCGUUAUUUCCUGCUCCACUUUCUUUCUUCCCUCAUCUGCAGCUACAAUUCGUGGAACCGGUGAUGGUGCUAUUCCUGUGAAGCGGUAAUGUCAUUCCACUGGAGUAGAUCUUAGGCAACCUGUUACCAUUCUGCAGGUGUCAUCGAUAGCUAUGUCCACCUGUUUGGCAUGCGCAGAAUUAUACCAAAAUGGUACGCAUAUUCUGCUCGCAGGAUAGCGUAGUGACACUCCAGACGUUCGUAGAUUUUCAGGUCGGCACGGCACUAUGAUCAGGUCUGUUUCCGUAAAUUGUUUCCGGCGGAAAGUAUUGACUUGCAGGUAUAGAAACAUUACAAAUAACUCACUGAAUAUGAAAAAUGGUGCGUGGUAAUAUUUCAGUGUUCGUUUGCGCUGAUGUAUUUGUUACUGUGGUUCAUCCCAGAAACUCAGUGAAUUAUAAUAAAGAUCACUUGUAGAAUGUCCAGUUGUCUCUUCUCGCUGGCAACUGUAGACCAGGUCCUAAUGCUGUAUUCAGGCACUGUUCAUACUGUGCUAAUACUGUCUUGAAUAGAGCAAUGCGUCGGCUUAUAUUCAUGUUUCGCUGUUGCUUGUGCACUUGGGAACUAUUUGUAUAAUGUAACGCGGAAGCUUGAAAUAGUACUUGUCCACUAGCACCUUCUCAGGAGUCUAGCCUCAACUCGGUUGCACCUGUUACACAGCUCGGCGCUCUACUGUGUGGUUGUAAUCCGAAUCUUUUGGAAGAAACAGUGAGAGCCCCAUUCAUACGAUGCGUUUCAAUAGCAGGCUCUGACCUACCGGUAAAAUACACAAGACGAUGUUACAAAUCGCACAACACAAAUGGUCUUAUUGUAAUGAAAUUUUGUGUAAGUUCUUACGAUAGCCGCUCCCGAAACUUGAACCUGAAAGAGAGGUAAACGAUUUGAAGCAGCGGCCAUGGCCAUUCCAUAUAGAGGUAAUGGGGUGAUGAAAUUUUUUUAUGCAGUAAAGAAGGAAGGAAUAAAACAAGUAAGCAGAGGUGAUGUCACAAAUACCAACGAUAAAAAAAACCUGACCUUAUCCUGCAACUGAUAUUUCCUACAAAAUCGAAGAAUCCUCUCGUCAAACGAAUAUAAACACAGUUUUUUUCGAAAAAAUACCAUAUAAAAAAUUCGGGGUUCCACCAUGAAGACUGUAACAGCAGGAACAAAUUUCGGGAUUCAUGCGUGUAAAGGGCGUUUCACAACUACAUUUUAAAUGUUAGCGGACAGUUAGUUUAUACCGAAACAAGAAAAAAAGUGUAGUAACAUGGCCACUAAAAGACCUACCGUAAGAACUACGAACUCUUGUACAUCCUCGAGGCUGUGAAACACAUUUCUUCUGCUACAAACUUUCCAAAAUUUUGGAGGAACUUGUAUGGCCCAAAAGAUGAAAAUAAUGUCCAAACAUGGGCUCUAAAGUGCAUACCUUAAGAGCUAUCAUCACUUUCUCGGUAGAAAAGAAGUAUUUUACAGUAGCCAAAAGUAGCAAGUGCUUACCGCUAUCAACGUAUGCACUUUAGUCUCCAUGUUUACUGGACAAUUUUUCUUGUUGUGGUCCAUACAAUCUCCUCCCAAAAUAUGGAAAGCUAUGAGCUACAGUAGAAGAGAUGUGUUUCACAGAAUCAAGGAUAAACAAGUACGCAUAGCUCCAUGUUUAAUGGACGUUUCUUUCUUGUUCUGCUGUAAAGUACCCGUCCCUAAAUCUUGAGGACGUCAUCUUGUAUAGGAUGAAGUACAGUUGUGAACAGUACAUAGGGCAACGGCAGAGGGGUUUCGACACUCGAUUCAGGAGGAACACAUACUCUCUGAACGAAAACGAGUUUGAAAAUGCCUGUUUUAAAAUUUAUGAAGAGAAAGUGUGUAGUGGGAUAGGUGGUGCAUGUGUGCUUGUGCCUGAAAUACGUGAAUGGGCCCUCGUGCGAGGUACUCUGCCUGAAGAGCUGUUAGCAGACGACUGUUCGAAUUGCAGCCUAACAGAAAACAACGACUGUAAUAGGAAGCGCGCCGUGAUGGAGACAGACCUGUAGCAAAGCCAUGAGUACGUACGCCGUCCGCCAUUCAAAAUACGUAUAGUUGUGAUACUUUAUAAUGUUUUUACACUGACACACCACCAAUAUUAACAAAUGUUUCAUAGAACGGUAUUCAUAACCAACACGUAAUUGAUAUUAAUUCAAUGUGGGAAUGUGUUUUUCAGUCGUAUGUGACGAAUGUAUCACACUCAAAGUGAUGGCAGUUGCCUUGUGGGCACUAUGACGAACUUAUAUUCUGCCUGACUGCUUUUUUGCCCUAUGACGUACCGUGUAAACUUUUCUAGUAAUUUGCAUGGGUUUUUCUAGCAAACUGGUAGGUUCUGGUACUUUUAAUGUUUGAUAGUACAGUAUGAUAGCACCGCUGAACAUCGCGGAAUAGAUGCUGAUUAAUUAUUUUACUUUUAUCUACAUAUGUGAAGAUGGGUCUUGUGAACCGAAACGAGUUAUUUAAAAAAAUGAAAAGAAAUCGGAACAGGCCAUAAAAAAUCCUUUUACGUGGAUUAAUAACUGUUUCUCAAAGUAUUAACAUUUAUCAAAUAUUCCUGAAUAUUUUACCCGCAGAUGAAAGCCUCUUCUCUAAAAGCACCAAGGGACUUGUGAUCGUAUUACGAAUGUUACGUGACUCAUCAAAUUUUAAUAUUUUAGAAGCGGGUGUGAAAAAAUUCCCCUAGUAGUUAUAUGUCGAAUAUCACUUACAUUGCACAUUUACACAUGGCGUAGGAUUUACAGUCUAUUCAGAUGUGUUGCAGUAGUCCUUGACGGAACGGUUGUAGUUCUCUGGCUAAAACUCAUAGUCUUCAAAUCUUAGGAUACCGUCAAUAUACUGUUACAAAUGGCAUUGUUACGCACUAAAUAUUCUUGUGAUAAAGUCCCCCGACUUACAUAUGGCAGUAAGUGACUUUCCAGUAUCACUCUAUGCCGGGGCAAUGACUCUUAUUACACGAGUACAAGGUAACUGCUGUGUCUGCCAUUUCGCUGCAACAGUAAAAACGCAACUUAGUUUUCAUUCCUCUGUUCCCUAAGAAAUUCUCCUCUAUAACAAUUUAAAUAUUUAUAUCAACUAUGUAUUUUUAUACAUGUCACAAUAUUCUUCACAUAAAUUAUUGUGAAGCAGAUUCAAGCCAGUAAGUUGAGAAACAAUCCUCUUGACUGUGUAUUUCUGUUAAAGGUGUGCAAGGUAUCAUUCCACUUUCAUUGGAAGCAGCUAAUUUAUGAGAUGUCUCCAAGGUUGUCUGUUAUAUGGUUUUAGAGCUAUGAUGUCCUGUAGCGUAAAAGGAAAGGUAACAAAGAACGGGAAUGAACGUGACCUAAAUUGUUCUUCACAAGGCAAAACAUCAUAUAAAUGUAACAUUAAUGUGUUUAUUGUGAAAUAGUGCCAGUAAUAUUCUGCUUUUAACACAAACAUAUGCUCACCAAUCUCUUUAAAUCAUAUGUUCAGCUUUCAUCGGCACAAGCUCAAAUUUCAUUAAGAGAAAUCGGGGAGUGGUGCACUAUUUACACCUGAAGAUCGAACACUAUGACCUUUUAGAGUCUUGAAUCGUGAAAAUACAGCCAAAAGAGACGUCACUGAACAAGUACACACAAUAUUAAUUGGCAGCUGCAGAAACUGCAAAGCAUGGAUAACUAGACUGACAAAAUACGUUUUGAAUCAUCGUCGUCUGUGAGAGUAGAAUCGUCAUCUUUGAAACCAGUCGCUGUUGUCAGCGACUGUUCCAAAGCGUACGCACCACUAGAAUAUUUUCAGAUUUUUAUUCCGUUAAGUUAUUGUUAUCACGAAUGCAGAUAUUUGAGAGAUUCAGAAAAACGAAGACUGAUCCAAGUUCCGUUUAAAUAAAUCAUUUCCUGUUAGAAGCUCUAAGAGUAACUUUCCAGAAGUAAUCUUAAUACUGAAUUUAUGUUUUGUCGAUCACAACUCAAUGAAAAAGGAUCUCCAUUUUUCCAGGAAUUUUUUUUUCAGAGUACCAGAGUAGCUGCUGGCAUGUAGUAGACGAGAUGAUUAAUAAAGGGGCUAUGUUUCGAGCAAACGUGCUGAAACUUCCGAAUGUAUUAGAACGAUGUCCUUGACAGAUAUCUCUGUGUGUCAUGAGCAGCUAUAAGUUCAGUCAAGCAACGUAUACGCUGCCAUUAACUCACGUUUACUUCUGCCGGUUUCACGAAGACCAUUGUCAAUUACAAAAUAGAAGAUUUAUUGUGAAUCCCAGUUACUUGCUGAAGUAUACUUCCCCGCAUCAGAUCGGCAUUAUAUUAAUUCAGAACAAUACCACAGCUUUACCUAAAGCCCAACCACUUUCAAUUGCAGUUAUUACACAGUUAAUAGUUUUUCCACGCUACUAAUUGAGGCAUAAUUACUACCGCAGAGUGGCCCUUAUUUAAUUCACAAGUUAAUUAGCAGAUAGUUUUAUCGAAUCGACGAUGAUGCCACCCGAAGCUAUGUAUUUCUGCUGGUAGUAAUCAUAAUUUUACAGCGUAUAUGCACGGAAAUAAUAAUAUAAAGAGUCUCUCUGUUUAGAAUCGUUAAUAUGAUUUGUCUUUGAUCUUAUCUGUUACAAAUCUAUUAAAGUACCUUACAAUUUAUGACAAUUUUUAUAUUCUAUGUUAAUGUCCAUUUGUGAAUAGAGAGAAACUAAAAGUGUGUGAAUUACUAGCCCAUUUACAUAUAUUAUAUUCUUGACUCAUCAGAAGCAAAGGUCGUGACCUUAAAAAACUGGAAAUUAAAUGUUGCCUGAAUGAUAGAUAUAGCUCAUGAGAACUGGUUAGCUACUCGAUAUAGUGAAAUUUUAUAUUUUUUACAUGCUGAGUGUGUUUAUUCGCCCGAGGUCUGAAAACUUCUGAAAGAUAUUCCACACCUCACGGUUUUAAUACAUUCUUACUACUUUGAGUAUUGGCCCAUAGCAAUUACUGGCGAUCGUCGUAUCAAACGGCAGAAAAUUGGAGCCGUAACAUUUCUAUCACUUCUAGCUGAGUACACAUAGCAAUAACCUCGGUCAAACGCUACGCAUCCACAACAGACUAUGAGUAAUGGUGCUUUGCAGCUAUUACUAUUUGUAAUUUCAUUGCACAGUUCCCGCAGAAACAUUUUUGAGGCAGUAUGCAGUGACCAUUACCUCAUUCUUUCACAUUUUCACUCUCUCUAAACACCCAUAAUCACCUAGGUUACGACAGUUUUAGCGAGGCUAACGUUGAGUGAACAUUUACAAAAUAUAUGUAAUAGCCAAAGCAAGAAUGAAACCUGAAUCUUGGAAGAUAUGGAGAAGAAUCAUCCACACGAUAAGGCUUUGAACUGAUGCGUGCAUGGAUAAUCUUAUCGAAAGUUUCCUGCCCGCGGAAGACAGGUGUCCAGGUUCGAAUCUAGGUUUGCUAAAGAGCUAUAAUCCAGAAAAACGCUCACGUGUGGCCACACUGUCCUUAUUCUGCCAUCUAAUAAUGGUAUUUUCCUUUACAGAUUAAUGGUAUAUUGAAACUUAACGUUUCAGUUAAAGUACUAAAGUGUGCGGUAUUACAAAGAACAGAAUAUUUUUCGUAAGGUAUGUGACAGCAAUCUAUCGGAUAAUAACGUGUCCAAAGACGUUUCAGGACGUCAGUAACUUUGCAAUUCGCAAAAAAUAUACCAUGCUAUGGGAGAUACCAAUAACUUCGUCAGUUUCUACCAAAAUAUUGUUUAUCGGUUCGGUGGUGGAGUACUCAGAGAUUUCCUUUUUGAAGACGGCAGAUUUGUGCAUUUGUACAAAACCUGAUACUCCGUGGACUCAAUACUUUUGCUGUUACCUUUAUGGACUCUUAAUUUAAACACUACUGCAAGGUAAUUAUGCAUCUUCGUAAACUAAUGAAACUGAGCCUUAAUGUGAGUUAUCGUUUAGUAAUAUUACGGUUUCAUUUCUUUAUUAUUGUCUAGUGAAACAUUUAAAGGAUUUUAUGUACACUUAUUAAAAUGCUAAUCGAUUUCUAACACAAGGGAUAUUGUCUUUGACUAGCGUGUUUAUGUUACAAUUUUGUAAUUCAAAAGCCAUCUGCGAAUAAUUCUUCUGGUAAAGGUUCAUGGUAUAUGUCUUUAAUAUCACUAGAAGUGUACUUCACAAUUUGAGAAACACUAAUGUUAGUAACUUUCUAAUUGUUAUUGUCUAAUGUGUGCCAUAUUUUUAUCAACAAUUGUAAAAAUCAUACGAGGUAUUUUAAUACAUGCUCCAAUCUUUAAAGAAAAGUAUUUUCUUGUUGUGAACAUAUUUUCGUAUUUACUGUAUUAAAAACUUCAAUUACUUUGUCAAGACGAAAAAUAAAUCAAGUACUCAAAUGAA